CGCAUAUUUUUGCGAUGAAUACCGUCAUUCAGAUCUUGAAACCAAGACUAUUCAAGCGACGGUGAACACGACCUGUCCCUUUCGACACAAGAUCUGACGCUGGCAUGACCACCAAGAGCCAUUUACAGUGGGCGAAAAGGCAAAUGUGGCGUGACGGGUGGAUCGGGCUUCUUGGGUUGAAGUCGUGCCGAGAAGCACCCAGAGGCCUCGACCACGGCGGCUUCCGGGGGGCGCCCAUCCCUAAUGGCCACGCCCAGAGCCCUCAUCGAGUUAGGGGCCCAGCGUUUCAUAGGCGCCGCCAUGGCGUUUUCGUGGGUUGAUCGAUCAGGUGCCCCCACCGUUACCCAAUCCUCCUCUGAUCUGCCCGGCCGUCACCAGAUGCUGUGCAUGUCGAGAAUCCUCCCGACCACUAAGCUGGCUGGACGGGAAAACGAGCCUGAGCACAGCGGAGCGGAACCCCAUCUGCAUUGCCAUGCUGUGAUUAUGGAUUCCAUAAAAUGCUAUCAAGAGGAGGUCUCCGACUCCUUUGCUUCUCAUCACUCUACCGAUCCAAACAAACAGGCAGAAAUUUAUCAAAGUCCUCAGUCAGGUCAACCCAAGAUCAACCCACACACCUUUGUGUUACAAUUGCCCGAAAUGGUCCAGUACGAUCAGUUCAACGGAAUGUUUCCUCUCGCCUCCCUCCCAUCACGUGGAAGGACGGGUGGUUCUGACAGUCCUCAAUCACCGAGCCAGCCAAUGCACCCAAUCUUGAGGAGACUGUCCUCGGCCAGUAGCGCCGGGCCGCACUACUGUGCUCGAUGCCACUUGCGACGAACCUCUCAAGAACGUCGCUUUUCCCUCGACCACGAGUGCUCCUCGAGCGAGGAGGAAUGGGAUGGGUUCUGUCCCGAUAUCGCCAUGCCCAAGGACCUCACCCCUCCGCCAUCGCCUCACCACAAAAGACGACACUCGUGUCUCUGCCCGGUCGGCGUCGUCGCCCAGGAACACCACAAAAGCGGCACUGUGACCCCGGUGCAGAUGAUCGUCAAGGAGGGCGCCCGAUGUCCCCACUACGGUCACCACAACAAGUGCAACUGUCAGAGUGUACUUCCCGAAGAGAACUUGGAGGAGAGAUAUGGCCUCGUCGAAGAGCCCGCCCAGACACGGCGGAAGCUGAGUCUGGAGAAGGGCGCCGCGAACCAACUGGCGGAUAUCAUGCACGCCGAACUUAUCUCUGACAUGGCGGCACGGAACAGCCAUCUUUGA